GAAUGGCAGCGGACUUCCACGGAAUACCGUCAGUUGCGAGCGGACCUCUGCACGGAGUGGAACAAAAUCUGAAAACCUAGAGUACAGUCCGCGGAAAACGUUCAAUCACAGAAAGCAAGAAUAAAUAUACACAUAUAUUCUAAUUUUCUCAUAUGUAUAUACCCUAUAUAUAUUUUUCGCCCGUAUAAUAUAAAUACGAACAACGCAUAUAUGUAUCAGUGUACCAAAAGUUGUUAUACAUAAAAUAAAUUGCGAAAGAAGAAAUACCAUUAUCAACUAAAAAUAGUGCCCGAUUCUGAAAGGAAUAUAAUUUUUAAUAACGAAAAGUACCAAACGACGUGAACGACCUAUAACGUAUAUAGCUAUACCUAUAACCAAAUAGCAGACCACACGGCCGCAUGUUCGAGUUAAGGGUCUAGGAACCGUAGUGAAGAACCGUACCGAAGCCAGAGAACCGUAACUGAGUGGGUCGAAAUCGAAAGAUGACUUUCACUCGCCUCAAGACUCUGACGCUGCUUGUGUGUGCUCUGCUGGCACUGAGUUUUCCCGGAUAUGUAAAUGGCGCUAACAACAACAACAACAAGAAAGGAUCGCAGCCAGCUGCCCCGCCGGAGCCGGAGGCCGUCAUCGAGGAGGUGAAUGCCAAGCAGUUGGAAAAGCUCCUGGCUGACAAGGAUUAUGUUGCCGUCUUCUGGUAUGCGCGCAGCUGUGUGACCUGUGAUAAGGUUUUAGCGGAACUCGAAAAAAUCGACGAUGACACAGACUCCUUCGGAGUGGACUUUGUGAAAAUCAACGACAAACGACUGGCCAAGCAGUAUGGCAUCAAGAACUUCCCCGCGCUCACCUAUUUCAGGGAGAAGGAGCCCAUCAUCUACGACGGCGAUCUGAUGGACGAGGAGGGCGUGCUCGACUUCCUCACGUCGCUGGAGGCCAUGGACCUGCCCGACCGCAUCGAGGAGGUGAACGCCAAGAUCCUGCAGAAGAUCAUCGAGGACACAGACUUCGUAGCCGUGCUAUUCUGUCCAGAUCACGAAACAUGCCCGCCCAGGGUGAUGGACAAGCAACAAUGCCGCAAGUGCGCCAAGGCCUUGCAGGAACUGGAGAACAUCGACGACGAGGCCGACCAGCUGGGCAUCGGAUUCGUGAAGAUACACGACGAGGCGCUGGCCGACGAGUACAAUCUGGGCAAUCUGCCAGCACUAGUCUACUACCGCCACCAGACUCCAAUCAUAUACGAAGGUGAACUGCAGCGGGAGGAGGACGUCUUGGAGUGGUUGGUGCAGAACAAGUCGACGGGGGACGAGGACGAUGUGAUCGAGGACGUCACCUCGAAGACGCUUUCGACCCUGAUUAGCAAUAUCGACAACCUGGUGGUGCUCUUCUAUGAUCAUGGCAACGACGACUCGAUGACCGUGCUGGAGGAGCUGGAGCAGAUAGACGACGACUGCGACAAGCAUGGCAUCCAGUUUGUGAAGAUUGAUGAUGCCAAGGCGGCAUCUGAUUACGGAAUCGACUCGAUUCCGGCCAUUGUUUACUUUGAAAAAGAAAUUCCAAACGUCUACGACGGCGAUCUCAUGGACGAGGAGCAGAUUCUCAAGUGGCUGUUGGGGCAGUUGGAACGAGAUGAGAUCGAGGAUGUCACCGACGAAAUGCUCGACACAAUGAUCAAAGAGGGACGCGUUAUCGCGGUGCUGUUCUACGACAACAACGACAAGAAGUCUCAGAAAGUGCUCGAAGAGCUCGAGAACAUCGACGACGAGUGCGAUGCCCUGGGCAUUACUUUCGUGAAAAUCGAUAAUCCGGAGGAGGCCGUCGAAUACGGCAUCAAUAAAGUUCCUAAACUGAUAUACUUUGAGAAAGGCAUUCCAACCAUAUACGAGGGCAAUCUGGAGGACGAGGAGAAGCUGCUCAAGUGGCUCACAGACCAAACCAGUUCCGAUCAGAUCGAGGACAUUACCGACGAAAUGUUGGACUUGAUCAUUGAGAAAAUGCCCCACGUUGCUGUUCUUUUCUACGACAAAGACCAAAAGAAAUCACAGAAAAUCCUCGCAGAAUUGGAAAACAUUGACGACGAGUGCGAUCAGAACGAUAUUGCCUUUGUCAAGAUCGAUGAUGACAAGGAGGCCAAAGAAUGGGGUAUCGAUGAGAUACCGUCGAUUGUACUCUUUGAACGUGGCAUUCCACACAUCUACGAGGGUGAUCUGAUGAAAGAGGAUGAGCUGCUCGGCUGGCUGGUGCAUCAGAAGCGGUACUCCGAGAUUCCCGAGGUAACCGAUGAGAUGAAGGACAAGCUGGUUGAGAACACCGAGCACUUGGCGGUCAUCUUCUACGACAAGGACGAUAAGCAGGACAUGCGCAUUCUCAACGAACUGGAGAACAUUGACGAUGAGUUGGAGAAGGAAGGCAUCGUCAUUGUGCGCAUCGACAACGCCGCCGAGGCCAAGGAGUACGGUCUGGACCACUUGCCCGCUCUCAUAUACUUCGAAAACAAGAUCCCGGCCCUUUACGAAGGCGAUCUGAUGAACGAGGACGAGGUGCUCGAGUGGCUGCUGGUCCAGAAGAAAACGGCCACCAUCGAGGAGGUCACCGACGAAAUCCUAGUCAACCUGAUCAACGAGCACGAGUACGUUGUUGUCUUCUUCACUGGCCCCUGCGAGCCCGGUGAGACCUGCGACCACACUCUCAACGCCCUGGAAAGCAUCGAUGACGAGCUGGACGAGGCUGGCAUUAUUUUUGUCACCACCGAGGACACUGGCGUCGCCAAGAAGUACAACGUCAAGACCUACCCUCGCCUGGUGUUCUUCCGGAACCGCGACCCACUGCACUUCACCGGAGACCUCGACGAUGAGGAUGAAGUGUUGGCCUGGAUCACCGAUGACGAAACCCUCGAGAUUCCCGGCAAGAUCGAGGAGGUCAACGUCAAGAUGCUGGAUAAGAUUUUGGCCGAAAACGAUCACGUUGUCGUGUUCUUCUAUGCUGAGGGCGACAAGAAGGCCCAGAAGAUCCUGAACGAGCUGGAGAACAUCGACGACGAGUGCGAGGAAAAAGACAUUGACUUCGUAAAGACAUCCGACGACGAUAUUGAUAAGGAAUACGACCUGCCCGGUCUGCCGGCGCUUGCAUUUUAUAGACAUAAGUUUAGGACAAUUUAUACCGGUGACCUGAUGAAGGAAGAGGAAAUUCUGGAGUGGGUCAUUGAUUUGCACGAGUCCACUGCCGAUGUCAUUGAGUCGGUCGAUAGGAAGACCCUCCAAGUCCUGAUCAACGACGUGGAGCACUUGGCUGUCUUCUUCUAUGAUGACGAGUGCGAAUCCUGCUCCGAUAUUUUGGAGGAGCUGGAGAACAUCGACGAUGACACCGACAAGCAUGGAAUCCAAUUCGUGAAGUCGAAUGACGUGAAACUGGCCCACGAAAUUGGUAUUUUCGCAUUCCCAGCUUUGGUCUACUACGAGACUGGCGUCCCGAUCAUGUAUGACGGAAACAUUGCCAGCAACGAGGACGUCUUCAACUGGAUCCUGGAACAGAAGGCCGACCAAAGCAUUCAACUUAUCGAUCGGGACCAACUCUUCGAGUAUAUAGGCACCAAAGACUUUUUAGCGGUUGUAUUUUACAAGGAGGACGAUCCCGACUCGCCGCGAGUGCUGCGGCACAUCGAACUAAUCGACGAUGAGGCUGCCGAAUAUGGCAUUUAUAUUGUAAAGAUGCACGACAAGCUGAUGGCCAAGAAGUACGGAUUCAGGAACCCGCCAGGCCUGACCUACUUCCGCAAGGGCAAGUACAUCAACUACGACGGGGACAUAGACGACGAGGAGGAGGUCCUCGACUGGCUGACCAGUCCGGCCAACAUGGAGAUGACCGAUCACAUCGAGCAGGUCAACCGCAAGAUGUUCGAGAAGAUUCGCAAGAACUCGGACUACGUGGCGGUGAUAUUCUAUAGCGACGAGUGCAAGCAGUGUCCUCGGGUCCUGGCCGAGGUGGAGCACAUUGACGAUGAGGCCGACAAGGCUGGCAUUGACUUCGUGAAGAUCGACGACAAGCAAAUGGCCAAGGAGUACGGCGUCUUCGCCCUGCCGGCCAUUGUCUUCUUCAAGCCCACAUCCAAGGAGCCAGUCAUCUACGCCGGUGAUCUUUACGAAGAAGAACAGAUCCUCACUUGGUUGAUCACGCAAAAGGAUCCAAGUGGAGAUGUCAUCGAAGAUCUCGAAGGCGAGAGGCUCGUUCAAUUGAUUGAAGAGUCCGGCUCCAUAGCCGUGUACUUCUGGAACAAGACAAAGUGCGACAUUUGCAAUUCGAAAGCGGCGCGCAAGGCGCGGAUGAAAAAGGAACGUGAGCAGCACCAGCAGGAGGGUGGAGCCGCCGGUGCGGCUGCCGCCUUCGGCAGCGAGGUAGAUCCUUCCGAGGCGGCCGCUGGCGGGGCGCUGGACGGGUCGCCGGGCGCUGGGGAGGCGCCAGCGGCUGCAGACGCAGCUGCUCCACCGGAGGCAUCGGCCGGCAAACACGAAGAUGAUGCGGACGGCUGCGAGCAGUGCACCAAGGUCCUGGAGGAGCUGGAGAACAUAGACGACGACUGCGACAAGCACGGCAUCACCUUCGUGAAGACCAGGGACUUCUCCGUGGCCGACGGCUAUGGCGUCCACGAGUACCCGGCGCUGGUCUACUUCGAGGGAGGAAUACCCAACGUGUUCGAGGGCGAGCUCAGCGAGGAAGAGGAGGUGCUGCAGUGGCUGAUCACCCAGAAGACCGAGGACCGCAUCGAGCUCAUCACGCGCCAAAUGCUGGAGACCAUGGUAGAGGAGACGCAGUACCUGGCCGUGUACUUCUACAAAAUCAACUGCAACAUCUGCGACCAGAUCCUCGAGGGCCUCGAACUGAUCGACGACGAAUGCGAUGUGUUCGGCAUCCACAUGGUCAAAAUCCAGGACCCGCAGCUGGCGAAACGAUACUCGAUCAAGACCUUCCCAGCUCUGGUUUACUUCCGCAACGGCAAUCCAUUGCUCUUUGAGGGCGACCUCCAGAACGAACAGUCCGUCCUGGAGUGGCUCAUCGAUGAUGACAACCGGGAGCUGGCCGAUGAAAUCGAGGAGGUGAACGAGCGCAUGCUGGACAGGCUGAUGGCCGAGUCCACCCUGUUGGUGGUGUUCUUCUACGACGACGACUGCGCGGAAUGCGAGGAGAUCUUGGAGGAGCUCGAGGAGAUCGAUGGCGAAGCCGAUAUGUUUGGCAUAGACUUUGUGAAGAUAGCUAGCAUGGAGGCGGCCAAGAAAUACGAAAUUGUCAAUAUACCGUCCCUGGUUUACUUCCGAAAACAAGUUCCCGUCCUGUAUGACGGAGACAUGCAUCAGCACGACAAGGUGAUCACCUGGCUGACCUCCCAGGACGUUUUCGAAAUCAAAAACGAGAUCGAAGAAGUCAACCGCAAGAUGCUGGACAAACUGCUCGAAGAGAAUGAGUUCAUUUCCGUGUUCUUCUAUGAACACAACCAGCCGGACAGCACUGCAGCCCUGGAGAAGCUCGAGAACAUUGACAGUGAGACCGACAAUCUGGACAUAACCUUUGUGAAGAUGGCCGACUCCCGCUACGCCAAGAAAUGGGGCGUCACCAAGCUGCCAGCAAUGGUCUACUUCCGACGUCGCUUCCCCAGCAUAUAUAGAGGUGAUCUCCUCUCGGAGGACGAGGUUCUCGAGUGGCUGCGCAAGAACCGAUUCCGGCAGCCGGAGCUGAACAUCUUCAUGUACGCCCUGAUCGCCCUGGCGGUGGCCUUCGUCAUCUACACGGCGUUCCUGCUGAAGUGCUUCACUCCGGCGCCUCCGCCGCCCGUCCAGCACCCGAAGCAGUCGUGAACGGCCCAGCCCUGAGCGCACUGAGGAGGAAGCUGGACGCGAGUAGCCAAUGUGGUGAACUGCCAUCAACUACCAUGGAGGGUUUUGUGGAGAGAGCAAGGCAAACGAGCGAACCGAACUAGAACCGAUCAUCGAAAUCACCACCUCAUACGCAUCACAAUGAACAUCAACCAAUCUCGCAAUCGUCUAAAUUAGACGCCGACACAAACGACUGCACUUGGGCCCAAGAGGCUGCUCCGGAGUCCUCGGACCCUCAGCUGCCCCAAGUCAAUGACGACCCGUUGUUUUGAAAGAUCUUCUGAGCUUGGCAACUUUGGCAAACUCUAUACUUCCAUAUAUAUCAAUAAUCGUGUUCAUAUCCACAUCACAACUGAAUUCAUUUGUCUUCGCACCUGUACUCCGUGAAAAUCAAAUAAAACAAACACACUCAAGUCAUAGUAAUUACUUUAAAGUUACAUUUAAAUGCCAUAAUAUUGUGUAAUAAAUGCCAAUAAUAAUUUUUACAGUAAAA